CUGCUGCAGUCCUGCCCUCCGCUGCUUCGGGAACGCAGUGGUUAAAAAGCGGCACGGAAGAGCUGCAAUGUCGGCAGAUUUGACUGAUUUGUUAGCUGGAGUAAAGAAUCCGCCCCCUAAGCACACUUGGGGCUAAAAAAAUGGAUAACUCCUUUGUGGAAGAAGUGGCUGCAUCACUGGUGAGAGAAUUUCUCAGUAGAAAGGGUUUGAAGAAAACUAUCGCUACCAUGGACCGAGAAUUUCCACGUUCCGCACUCAGCAUCAAUAACAGGAGUGAACUUCGGGAUGUCCUGCAUUUACACUCCUUAUACAAGCAGAACAAGGCAAAGGAGAAUCCACUGAAAACACUUCUGGAGAUUGUUACUAAUUACUUCCUUGAGCACGUCCGGACGUCUAAAACCAUAACAUCAAGUUCGGUUUUGACAAAUCCUCAAAGUAAGAGCUCCUCAGCUCAGCUACCCAGCUGCUCAGAUGAAGAACACGCGCAUCGCAGCACCGCUACAUCCGAUGGGAGCAAAGCUGAAGACCACAGAUGUGAUGUUGAGGAUCCACUAGAUAAAGUCCUGCCAGCCAGAAGACAUCAGCACAAAAGUGAAAGAUGCCACACGGGGUCCAUGCACAACAGCCACUCGCUUUCCGAUGGGGACAGAAAAUUAAAAGAUAGUCAGGAAGACUUAAAAGCGACAGUGAGUUCUGAGGAGCUGAAAGCCACUGUGAAGGAAAAACAAAAGUCCAGGUCUGGUCUCAUCGUCAGAGGAAUGAUGGCUGGACCAACAGCCAAUGCGCCAGAGGAUUUGCAAAAGAGGAGGCUUUCAAAACGAUCCAUUAGCACAAGCAGUACAGGACAAUUCAAAGGUGAAGAACAUGCAAAAAUUGACCUCAGUCUCCCAAGUACCAAUUCUCAAGAAAGCAAAGGACCUUCAACACAAUCCAUAAGUUCCUUAUCUUCACACAGUGAUGGGGCCUUGAAAGGAAAUACAGAACUGUCAUCAAAAACUUCGUUGAGCUCACACACAAGUUCAGCCUGUGAAAAACUAAGAAACUUCCCCAAAGAUCCAGAAGACUCUUUUGCCCAACUGCUGUCUGAAAGAGAAAGGACUAAGAUGGAAGAAAGAAAAUCUUUUCCAAGCUUUGAUGUGGAUGGCAAUGAAAAAAGCCUUAAAGUGAAUGCUCUUCACAGGCAUUCAGGGCCUGGUAGAGACAAGAGAGAAAGAUCCCUCAAGAAAAACGAGCUUCGCGUGUCAGGCCACAGGAAGUUUUCAGCAUCCAGCUGCAACAAAGAAGAGCCGGUGAAGGAUGUACUAGAACUAGUUGAUGUCGAGGAUGAAGCAACAACUGCAGAAGUUAGUAAGGUCCCGGACCUUUCCACACUCUACAUGUUUCAAGUAGCAUCAAAGGCAAUUGAUAUUUCACUUGCAAAAGAAAUAAAAAAUCUUUUAUUUGGCUCUAGUCUUUGUUGCUUCAGUGAAGAAUGGAAAAUACAGAGUUUUACAUUUAAUAGCAUACCACAGUUAAAAUACGGCAUCGUGCAAAAAAAGGGUGGCCCAUGUGGAGUCCUGGCAGCAGUUCAGGCUUGUGUCCUGCAACAGCUUCUCUUUGGAGACAGUAACAGGAAUAAAGACACUCGUAGUCUUCAGCCUUCAGAAGUUCACAGGACCAAAUGCCUCACCAUGGCUAUCGCAGGGAUAUUAUGGCGUGCAGGAGGCAAUGAAAAAGCAAUUGUAGCACUGCCAUCAGGAAAGCAGCAGUUCACUCCAAUAGGAAAAUACAAAGCAGAUGGAAUCUUAGAAACUCUAAUACUGCAUAGUGCCACAAGAUACGAAGAUCUGCUUGCAUUUCUUCAGAAGAAUAUUCACCAGUUUGAAAUUGGUCCCUGUGGUUGCAUCCUCCUGACUGUGUCCGUCAUCUUAUCAAGAUCUAUCAAUCUGGUGCGCAAUGAUUUUGAUGUCCUUACGAACCGACUGAUUGGCAGCCAUGGGUAUUGCACUCAGGAAUUGGUGAACUUGCUCCUGACUGGCAAAGCUGUAUCCAAUGUUUUUAAUAAUGUGAUAGAGCUGGACUCUGGAAAUGGCAAUAUCACAAUUCUGAAAGGCAUCACAAGUCGCAGUGAUAUCGGUUUGCUGUCUCUCUUCGAGCACUAUGAUGUUUGCCAGGUUGGUUCUUACUUGAAGACCCCUAAAUACCCAAUUUGGUUGGUAUGCAGUGAAAGUCACUUCAGUGUGCUUUUUUGUUUGGAAAAGAAUUUAUUGGGUGACUGGAAGACAGAACAGAGAUUUGAUCUAUAUUAUUAUGAUGGCUUGGCCAAUCAAGAAGAAGAGAUACGGUUAACAGUUGACACAACUCAGAUGUGCACUGAAGCUAAAGACAACGAUCUUACUCCUCCACUUGAGCACUGUAUUAGGACAAAGUGGCACGGAGCUGUUAUUGACUGGAACGGCACGGAACCAAUCUUGUGACUGACCUGGCCUGCACUUUAUUUGUAAAGAGAAAAAGGAAACGACUGAAUUAGCACAUUCGUAUUCCCACCAAUACAGGAAAUAGGACAAGAGUUAUGAAGUUGACGAUGAAGAAGAAUGACAUGGUUGUGCGCAGGCUGAAAGAGGUUCACCUCGUGCUUCAGAUAUUUUGCUUAUAAUAUAAACAGAAUUUACAUAAACUUUGGUCACUGCCUUUCUCAUACAGUUUCUGAGAGCAGAUUGAGCUUCCACUGCCAAAUCAAGCUUUCAGAUGAAGCAUAAAGUUGUCAGCAUCCCCUUGACGUCUGUUUCUGGAUGCACUCUGUAUCCUGCAAUUGUUCCCAAAAGUCUGAUCAAAGGACCUGCACUGAGAUUUCCUUCACUUUCCUUGCCUUCUCAGUCCUGUCUAGUUCUUCACCUA